ACCACGCAUAACAGAAUAGAACGGGAGGCAACCUCAAUUAAGACACACUUUUAUUCGCAUUUCUCAGUUUGUUUUAUCGUUUUGUUUGAAGGACUUUUUAAGAAUAUAUAUAUAUAUAUUUGCCACGUUAAAGAUGAAGAUAUUUUUGUCACUGGCUGUCAUAUGUUUUGCCAUAAAUAGCGGAACGGGAGCCCCUUCCAAGGCUAGGUACAUGUUUGUGAAAUGUCACCCAUUGGGAAACGACUCCAACUGCGUGACCCACCAAGGCCCAGAGAUGAAUCUCACUACAGACCUACCUGACAAACUGCCAGCUUCCGCCGCACCGUACAUAGGGGCACAGCCAGUGGAGGAUGGGCCCGUGACAGAGAGGAAAGAGCCCAAGGUGGAGUCGGUUACAUCCUUGACAGAAGAUGGUUCCGGAGUUUUCGAGGGCUCCACAGGUUUUGAGGGAUCUGCAGUUGAAUCACCCGUGGCAGAUGGCUCUGGAGAUUUUUGGACCCAAUUAGCGGGGGAUGUUAUGGCUGAUUACCGACCAGCAGAAGAAGAGCUGAGAGAAGACCAUCUGCUGGAUCUGUAGACACACACACACACACACACACACACACACACACACACACACACACACACACACACACACACACACACACACACACACACACACACACACACACACAUAAUGAAAAAAAAAAGGGAAACAAUUUAAGAAACAAUUAAAACAAUCUGAAAGUUAAAUGAAAACGAUGUUAAGGCAAUUGCCAUAUUAAAAGUAAAGCCCUGAGAAAUUAGAAAUUGAGAGAUAAAGGCAAACAGACUGAAUUUCAAGUGCAAUUAGUCUAAUUCAUUUAUUUUGGUAGUAACCUAUAUUCACAUUUUAAGGAAAGAUAAUAUAUUAUUUUAACUUUCUGUUGCUUUCACUUUCUUUCGACCAAAUGUCUGUAUUGCGGCGUUGUUUCCAUGUUGUGAGACUUUCUCUCUACAAUCCUCUCCUCCAUCCUUUUUUUACACAUUGUGAGAAGGCCUGUAGCUAGGCUUUGCCUCAUAGGCCAACCAUGUAUUAUUUAGGGUUUAGCAGAUUUGAGGUCAGAGCUUUGUUAGCCUGGCAAUGCUAGACGAUUCUGAAACUGCAAUUAUCUGUACAGCAAAUAAAACAUGAGCUGGCGAGAUUUGUCUGGUUACCAUACUAGUAGUUUGUCACUGUCAUUCCCAGACCCGGAUAAGCUUGUGUCCAUUUUGUGGUUCUUGUGGUUACUGAUGGCAUUCAUGGACUACGUAAAGAGAGAUGUAGAGCAUAUAGUUAGAACACAUCUCACUCUUGAUCCACAAUAUCUCAUUAAGGGCCAAAUAUUCUCUAAAAUUGUCUGUAAACCUAGAGGAUAUCUCUCAGAAUAAAUGUUCUUCACUUUAAGAAAGCAAUUAUUGCUAUGUUGGAUUUUUAUAUUUGUGCCAUGGUGACAAGAGCUGUCAUAAACAAUUAUUCUGAAAUAUAAAUGGUUUAAUGUGUCUGUAAACAUUUGUGUGUUUUGUAGAAAACAUUUAAGAUUUUUCUGAUAAACUGUUUCAUAGCACCUUAUCAAGUAAAUGACAUGUGCUUUUCUCGUAUAGACCCUUGAAAAUCCCAUUUUCGUAUUUUUAUACUUUAAAUCAUUGCCAGUUAUUUUUAAUACUACUGCCAAUAAAAACACGUAGCCUAUAUAGUUAUUGAGCCGCAGAAUGUAAGGAAAAUAAA